AUUCUUAUUGCCAAGUCGUGCACUGUGUAUAUGAUAAAAAUUUAUUAAUUGGAAUUUAAAAAUAUGACUUCAAGGAAAGAAAACUGCGAAAAUUCUGGAUGUUCUCCAUCUAAGAAAUUUAAAUCGAAAAUUUUUGGCGAAGUGUGUAAGCACGUAUCUCAACAUGCGUACUUUAAUUACAUGGAUCGCUUACAGGUUCUAUAUUUACCAACAUGUUCAGAUGAUAAUAAUUGCAAGCAUAUUUCCAAAAAGACACCACAAACAAUUAAUGACAAGAUACAACAAAUACCACCUAGUGCUUCAAAUGCCAUACUUAUAGAAGUAUCUGGAAAAACUUGGCGUGAGGCCUUAGAAAUCACAUUUUUAUGCAUAACACCCAAGCAGUAUUUAACUGCAGAAAUUCUAAGCCACAUUGUGGAUAUAAUGCUGAAUGCACAUGAUGAUAAAUCUUCCAGGUACACAGCAGCUCAUCUCAUAACCAGAUGUGAACAAAUACUUGCAUACCACUUCCGCAUGCAUCCUCCUUGUUUUAAGCAUGAAAAUAUUAUAAAUGUUUAUAAAGGAUUUUUAAUGGGUGAGACUGGCAAAAUAGAAAAAAGUUAUUCUAACAGAAAUAACUAUGAAUGGAAAAAAGGAAUAAUAAACUAUAGUUUUAAAAGAUUAGACUAUGAAGUAAGUUCUGAAAGUAUGGAUGGUCCUUUGAUAAAUAAAGAAGAAAUUAUUCCACAGAAAUUAAAAAGUACACAAUUAUUACAUUUUGAAAGGGAAGAGCUGGAAAUAUUCGAGUUAUUAGAACGAUCGGAGAGAAUAGAUAGGCUAAUGGCUGUACUACGCAGUUUAGUGGAACUCUUACAAUUUAAUCUUUUAAUUUUAAAUUAUAGAGGUAAGAGACUAAACUCACUAAUGCAAGAACUUUUCCUCCAUGAACAAGAAGAAAAGUCUAAAAUUAAUACUAUUACAAUAUUGCAAAAGCAAAUAAUGAAAAUUUUUGCCUAUUUCAUACAUCUAGAUUACCCUGAAGAACACAUCGAUACUAUGACUAUUUGGUUAAAUACGGUCGUUGAAUUUCAAUAUUAUAGUGAUGAUCAUUCCCAUGACUACCCAACUAUCAAUGGUAACAUGCGUAAAUUUGCACGAGAAUUUUACAAUAUUAUAUCAGUUCUUCCACAUAAAUCUAUUUUGAAGGUUUUAAAAAGAAUACAACCAAAUUAUAUGAAGUUCAAAGUAGGCUUAAACUACAUUAUAUCCGUACUUAAUUACGAGGAGGACAAUAUAAAAAAUGUCUUACUACAUUUUUUUAGAAAUUCUCUGUGGAAUAAUUUUCCAAAAAGUGAUGAUGACGAUAAUUUACUAGAAAUUUCGGAUGAAAAAUAUGUACCUCCAGAUGAUAUUAUAGGCCAUUUAUCCAAAAUUUGUAAAACUGCACCAAAAUUAGAAACCAAAGAAACUCUUAUGUAUCCAAAAUUCUAUUCUUGUAGUGACACUAAAAUAACUAGAUAUAUAAUAAUAAGUGCAAUACACACUUGUCUUGAUGCUUAUAUGGAAGCAUAUAAUUUUAAAAAGGUUCAUGAAAUUUUAAAACAGAUAAACAGCUCUAAAUCUGAAAAGAACGAAAUUUAUUGUGAAAAAUCACAUUUAUAUAAUGUCACAGAUAGAAACGUGAAGGCUUACGAAGGUAUCUAUGAGUUCCUAGAUGAACUGAAUUUAAUUUUAGAAAACUUGCGAGAAAAUAAAAAUUUACCCAAAGAAAUACAAUUUUUUAUAACUAGGGUUAAAAAAGCCAAAGUGGAAUAUCUAAAUGAAAAGAUUGCCUGA